AUGGCUACUACCAGCGCUGGAUCCAGCGAUCCUACUGCUAAUAGACCACAAACGAAACGACCUAAGUACUCAAAGUUUACACAACAAGAACUUCCAGCAUGCAAGCCUAUUCUUACACCACAAGCGGUUAUUUCGGCUUUCUUGAUUGUUACCGUCGUAUUCAUUCCUAUUGGAGUUGCUUCGCUUAUUGCUUCACGAGAUGUUGUUGAAAUUGUUGAUAGGUACGAGGAUGCAUGUGUACCGUCAAAUUGGACGGACAAGGUAGCAUUCAUUCAGAGUAAUGCUGAUAAAACUUGCACAAGGAAGCUGGAAGUGCCAAAGCGUAUGAAGUCUCCUAUCCAUGUUUACUACCAACUUGAUAACUUCUACCAAAAUCAUCGCCGGUAUGUGAAAAGCCGAAAUGAUGAGCAGUUGAGGGAUUCAAAAAAAGGAAACUCGACAAGUGGUUGUCAGCCUGAAGAUGUAAACGGUGUUCCAAUUGUACCUUGUGGUCUUAUAGCUUGGAGUAUGUUCAAUGAUACAUACAGCUUUACGCGCAACAGCCAGAAUGUUACAGUGAACAAGAAUGAAAUCUCAUGGAAAAGUGAUAGGGAUCACAAAUUUGGAAGUGAUGUUUUUCCUAAAAAUUUCCAGAAUGGUACUAUUAUAGGCGGUGCUCAUCUCAAUGAAACAAUACCGUUGAGUAAGCAGGAGGACCUUAUUGUUUGGAUGCGAACAGCUGCUUUACCAACUUUUAGAAAGUUGUAUGGAAGGAUUGAGGUGGAUUUGGAGAAAGGCGAUGUGAUAAACGUGGUAGUGCAAAACCGCUACAACACAUAUAGUUUUAGCGGCAAGAAGAAGCUUGUAUUGUCAACUGCUAGUUGGCUUGGUGGGAAGAAUGACUUCCUCGGCAUCGCUUAUCUAUCUGUUGGAGGAUUAAGCUUCUUUUUGGCCAUGGCUUUUACUAUUCUAUAUUUUGUCAAGCCAAGGCAACUUGGAGAUCCAUCAUAUUUGUCAUGGAAUAGGAGUCCAUCAGGGCACUGA